GACGGGGUUUAUCUGCCUCCUCAAUGCAUGCUUUUGUGUGUGUCUCCGGGCAGAGGACACCCCACCCCACCCCACCCCACCCGCAGUCGCCGCAGUCCAACAGUACGGCUUUCUUUGCCACCAGACCCCCCCACCCCCACGGGCACGAGACCGGGAGCAGCGUGUCGGAAGCACGUUGAGGCACGCGCACGCAAACGGGCGUUACGAGGGACAAUCAGGCGGACUCCCCAUGGGUGUCGUGUGACUAUUUCCGAGGUGAACGCCGUUUUACGUUAGGAAACGCCGUUUUGUGGAGGAGCCGGUUGGUUGGAGACAAAAGGGGCGUUUGGGUGUGAUUUAAAGGGACAGAAUCAGCUGAUCGCGAGGACGCGCGCGGGACCGCGGAUCGUCGAUCCAGCGCUACAGACCACGUUCCUCCGACCGCUGGCUAAGACAACGGAGGGUUUUGAAAUGGACAUAAGUGGCAAGUCUCCCAGCCAAAAUCAGCAGUAGCUCCUUGGACCCUGACGGGCACUCUGGAUGGUGAUACAAGAAGAAGAGGUGCAGAUGGAGAGCAUGGAGCCUGCAGAAGCAGAGGGCACUCCUGCGGACCCCUCACAGAGGGACGAGGCCACUGGGCGUUCGGCCGAGGACGAAGGCACGGGAACCUCCACCAGGAGAAAGAGGAGGAAGAAGGAACCGCGUCCGGAGUCCAUUAUCGUGUACCGCUCUGAGAUGGAGAGGGGCUCCGCUGAGGACCAGGGUGGAGACGAAGUGGUGGAGAAGAGCUCUGGGGAAGGAGCAAAAUUCCUUGCCACCCCCACUGAGGAAGGGGCCUGGAACCUUCCCCCAGACAGCCGUUAUGUGACCCUGACGGGCACCAUCACGCGGGGCAAGAAGAAGGGUCAGAUGGUGGACAUCCAUGUGACCCUCACUGAGAAGGAGCUGCGCGAGCUGGCCAAGUCAAAGGAGCGCCUGGAUGCCGAGUGUGAGGCUGCCGCUGAUGCUAAGAGCUCCUGUGGCCUGGGGCUCUCCCAGGGCCCCCACGUGGUGCUGUGGAGCCUGUCCUGCGUCCCGGUAGUCUUCCUCCUCUCCUUCGUCACCUCCUUCUACUAUGGUACGCUUACAUGGUACAAUGUCUUCCUCGUGUACAACGAGGAGCGGACUUUCUGCCACAAGGUCACCGUGUGCCCCUUCCUCAUCAUCUUCUACCCUGUGCUGAUCAUGGCCGUGUCACUCUCGCUGGGUCUCUACGCGGCCGUGGUGCAGGUGUCCUGGGUCUUCAGCCGCUGGUGGGGCGCGGUGCGCGACCUAGAGAAGGGUUUCUGCGGGUGGGUCUGCGGCAAGCUGGGCCUUGAGGACUGCUCCCCCUACAGUGUGGUGGAGCUGCUGGACUCCGACACCCUCUCCGGAAGCCUCCAGGGCAAGAAUGCCGGUGAGAACCUGCAGACCACCUCUGUGUGAUUGCCCCGCCUUGGCACGUUCCUGUUUGGACGGUGGGAGUAGGCGCUCCUUUGUUCUUGUAGACCUUGAUGGUCAUGUUUGGUGUCACUUCUCUUCUCACUUCCCAUUUAAAAAUAUCUUUUUCUUUUUUCUUUAAUUUUCCAAACCGCAACAAGAGGGCGGAUGAGACUGAAAGUUCUUUGUUUAUAAAUGUUUGUGGAACGCAAUUUAAUGGGCAUUCCAGGUUCCACCAUUGGUCCAACCAUGUUCCUUGAAGCAGCUGCCUGUCCAUCGGUUAGAGGGAAAAUCUGUCCUUCGAUCAUUUUACAGCGGUCCGCUGUACUUCAAAUGCUUCUUUUAUCGAUAACGGAUCAUUUCUGGGCUAUUAUUUUUUUAACCUCUGUCUUUUUUUUCCACACUUUCUGAGACUGAACUGAAAGUAUUAAAUAUUUGCUCUUGUUUGGACUUUGAAGAGGAAUCUCAUUCUGGACAAUCCUUGUGUGUAAAAACAGGUUGUGCAAAGGAUUCAUGGAUGCAAGAUGUUUGUGUGUGUGUGUGUGUUGACAAAUUGUUCCCUCCCCCUUGUUUUAUUUAAGUUUUAUUUAUUUAAAUUAUUUGAGCCCAUGCCAGGUUUAAGGCAUCUUCCGCAGCCAAUCAGGUUUGCCUUUUGGUCUCAGCUCUAGGUGAGGCUUAAAGAGGGAUUCGACCCAAGGCUCUGUUGUCUGGGGAGCUGAAGUCUGCUUUCACAAACUGCACAUCCAUUGGAAACAAGAGUGACGGCACUUGGGUGGCGUCCAGAGCCCGGAAACAGCGCUGAGUACUUUCACAUCUGUUGGCAUUUGCAUACAUGUAUUUUUGUUCACCAGAACCUGGAGUCUUGGUGAAUCAGUAGUGUAACACAGGCCAGUUUAAACCUACUGGGCCAAAAAUAUGGAAAAUUUUGUCCAUGGAUUUUGUAUGAGAUUUAACUGAUUGCUCACGUACUUGAGUAAAUGAAAUCAUUUACACCAUUAUACUCUCACCCCUAAGACACGAUGCACUGAAGUUUGCUUCAUCUCACACUUAAUCUGUUAUGCAGCCAUAAAUCAUAACCAGUCCAUUUUAUCAAUCAGCUUCUUUUUUGUCACUUCUGUGUCCCUAACCUGUCUAUGUAUGUAUUUAUUUAUUUACCCCCUUUUUAAAUGUUUGAUUUUAAUUGCUUUGUUAAUCAAACUUUUUUGUAUUCAUAUUCUAUUAAAAUAAUCAGUUGAAAGCUUUUCGUAGUGACAAUGGGCACAGUUCUGGGGUUUGUGUACCAGUGCUGGUGUAUGGAACCACUGUACACACUCCCUAUAGUGCUUUUACUGAACACACACUUUGUAGAACAGAGAGGCUACUUGUUUCCCCUUUGUGGUUUGCAGCAGGUCUUGGUGUAUAAUUUUUAUAUGUUUAUUGGUCGUGUGUGUGUGUGUGUGUGUGUGUGUGUGUGUCUCAGCUCAUGGUCACGUAAUGAAUAUGUCUUUCUUGAUCACUUAGUGAAACACUCAGAUAUAAAUUUUUCAAAACCAAGAAGCACAAUGCUAGCAAAUGAACCUUAAAUGUAAUAAAAUAUUCCAAUCGCUCAACAUCAAUUUUUGCCUCAAUUAUUUAUGAGAACGGGCUUCAAUAUUGAUGUCUGAGCUUGGCCUGCAGUCAUCCUUUGUUCCUGUUUUGAUCCCAGUGUUUCUUUAAUUUAUGCAUUACCAUACUUUUUACAGCCAUAUCACGGACAGACACCUACCAAACUAUUCAAUGCACCUCUUUACACCCACUGUGACCCUUCAACAAUGUUUGCUGGUUUUGUGCCAGGGGGGCGUGUUGGUGCAGGAGGUUUGACCGGGUCCUGCUCUUUGGUGGGUCUGGGGCUUGAGUC